AUGUCGUCCCUCUCUAAAUCACCCUCUUCUCCGCAACCAACCCUCCACGACAAUUCCGACGCCGAGCGCCGCCUUCGUGAGGCCGAGGAACGCCUCCGCGAAGCAAUAGAGGAACUCCACCAUAGAAACGCCGCGCAUGGUCCUUAUCCUCCUUGCGAUCACGGACCUGAUGAAUCCUGUGCCGCUUAUGCGAUUGGUAAUCUCUGCCAAAGCUUCCUUCUCUCUUACGGUGUUCGUGUUGGUAUCGGCAUUUUGCUUCGUGCUUUCAAGCUUGCUAAAAGACAGUCUUACUCUUCUCUCCUUGAUCUCAAGCAACUUGUCUCGGAGAAGGAUUUAAUUGUGAGAGAGGAGGCGUGUCGUGUUGGGUUACUUUUUGGUGGAUUUACUGGAUCAUAUCAUGCACUGAGAUGCUUUUUGAGGAAGUUUAGAAGGAAAGAGACGCCUAUUAAUGUAAUUUUAGCAGGUUCGGUUGCAGGGUUGUCUGUUUUAGCAUUAGAUGACUCAAACCGGAGGCGUACUCUUGCUCUUUAUCUUUUGGCUAGGGUAUCUCAGUGUGCUUAUAAUUCUGCAAAAUCUAAAAACAAGUUUCACCUUUGGGGAAGCCAUUGGAGACAUGGAGAUGCUUUGCUCUUCGCACUUGCUUGUGCCCAGGUUAUGUAUUCCUUCAUAAUGCAUCCUGAGAGCUUGCCAAAAGCAUAUCUGGACUUCAUUCAGAAGACUGGACCAGUUGCAGCGCCUGUAUACAAGGCAGUAAGAGAAACCUGUAGAGGUGGCCCAGUGGAUGUUGCCUCAUUAUCAGCUUUUUUAUCUCGCAGAGGGAAACUGGACUCCGUGAAGUUGGAAGAAUUCCCUUCAAUUAUUCCUUGUUCUAUUGUUCACCCGGCCACAAAUUCAUGUUUAACUCAGAAUGCUAAUGCAGCAUCAGCUACAUUCAGGAAAACAUUUCCACUUUAUUUCUCAUUGACUUUUGUACCUUAUGUUGUUCUGCACCUGCAGAAGUUCAUGGAUGCACCUGCUUGGACAUGUUGGCUUGCUCUUAGAGAUGCUGUUCGCUCAACAACAUUCUUAUCUGCAUUUGUUGGAAUUUUUCAGGGGGUGAUAUGCCUUCAUCGAAAAGUAGCAACAAGAGACCACAAGCUUGUGUAUUGGAUUGCAGGUGGAAUAUCUGCCCUUUCUGUACUACUGGAGAAAAAAUCCAGGCGUGCUGAACUUGCCUUGUAUGUUCUUCCACGGGCUGGAGAUUCACUGUGGUAUAUUUUAGUGAACCGCCACCUUCUUCCAAAUAUCAAGAACGCUGAGGUGGCCUUAUUUUGUGCAUGUAUGGGAGGAGUUAUGUACUACUUGGAACAUGAACCAGACACUAUGGCUCCAUUCUUGAGAGGCCUGAUCCGACGCUUCCUUGCUAGUAGAAUCAGCAAUCCAGGUCGCCCAUCUAAUCGGAGUACUUCUUACACAUAUUUACAGACUCUUGAUGCCAUCAAGAAGCCAAAAUUACAGGAAAGCAGAGAGGCUGAAGCUUCCCCUUCUCAGAAAUAUAAUCUUGAAUCCAUUCCAGGGCUUUAA